AUCUCGAACACUUUACACAAUCUUCCACCACUAUAUAUACACUCACACCAUUCCCAUUUUCUCAUCAACAAAUAAAGCAGCUACUAUUUUCUAACAACAAUGUCGCUAAUUCCAAGCGUGUUCGGUACAGGACGAAGAACAAACAUCUUGGACCCAUUCUCUCUAUCCCUGUGGGACCCAUUCCAAGACUUCCAAUUAUCAACAUCUACCAACGAAACGACACCGUUCGCAAACGCACGCAUCGACUGGAAGGAAACACCGGAAGCACACGUGUUCAAAGCCGAUCUUCCAGGUGUGAAGAAGGAAGAAGUGAAAGUCGAGAUCGAAGAGGAUCGCGUCUUGAAAAUAAGCGGAGAGAGGAAAAUUGAAAAGGAAGACAAGAACGACACGUGGCAUCGCGUUGAGCGUAGUCAGGGAAGUUUUCUCCGCCGUUUUAGGCUGCCGGGAAAUGCUAAGGUGGACCAUGUGAAAGCUGCUAUGGAAAAUGGUGUGCUUACUGUUACUGUUCCUAAGGAGGAAGUUAAGAAGCCCGAUGUUAAGCCCAUUCAGAUUACGGGCUGAGCCUUUCUUCUAAUUCUCUAUUGGGCCUGUUGGUGUCUCUCAAUAAAAUGUAUUAUAACGAAAUAAAUGUGUAUUGUUGAGAAAUUCAGACUUGUACUAUCAUGUACGAAGGGACUCAGCUAUUACUACAAGUUUCUUGUGGUUUGUGAGUGUUGUUUUCUCUAUUGUGUUUAAAUUAAGAGCUUUUUAAUUUAA